AUGCAAAUGCCCUUGACCAUGCUGAUCUCGACCCGUGAUGCCGUUGGCUUUGGCUUGGGCGUGACUGUUGGAGCCGGUGUCUUCAUGGCAACUGGGAAGGCGGCACAAGAAGCUGGCCCAGCUGUGACGUUGUCAUUUCUGAUCGCAGCUGUGGGCUGCAGCUGCACAGGCCUUUGCUAUGCCGAGCUCGCGGCUCUGGUUCCAUCUUCCGGCAGCUCUUACACUUUCGUCUACCACGCGGCCGGAGAGCUUCCAGCAUGCAUGGUUGGUCUGACAAACAUCGUGAAUUCAGUUUUGUCAAGUGCGGCUGUGGCUCGUGGCUGGGAAGGCUACAUGCGUCUUCUUCUCAUAUCGACGGGUGUCAAUCCACCGGCAUUUAUGGAAGGAUUCAGCUGGGGACCUCUACAGGUAUCUUUCCUCGCUCCUGUUCUGAUUGGGGCGGUGGUUGCCAUUAAUCUGUGCGGAACGUUGGCCAUCUCAACUUUCAACAACGUGGUCACGUUCAUAUCCGUAACACUGCUCCUGGUCUACAUCUUCGGUGGUGCCACGCAUUUUGACCCAACCUUGUGGGACCCAUACGCUCCACAUGGUAGUCUAGGCAUUGCCAAAGGUGCCGGCUCGGUCUUCUUUUCUUACCUUGGCUUCGAUGUGCUUGCGACGCUGGGCGCUGAAUCCGUCAAUGAGAAGGUUGUUCCCUGUGGCAUUGUGCUGACACUGUUUAUCAGCACCGCUAUCUACUGUGGUGUUGGUGCAGUCUUCACUGGGCUGGUGGACUACACGGAAGUAGACAUGACAGCCCCCCUGGCGCGCGCUGCUGAGCAGAGGGAUCUUCCCAUCUUGGCACUCUUGGUGUCAAUUGGGGCAGUCGGAAACACCUUGACUACUGUCAUAGGUGCAAUCGUUGCCAACCCGCGUUACUGUUUAUCCAUGGCACAGGAUGGGCUAUUGCCAGCUACACUUGUUCGGCUCAACCGUUUUGGAGCCCCCGGACGUUCCCUGCUGGUAAUGGCAGGCCCUGCUGUGGUUAUUGCAGCUUUGUUCGAUUUCACUGCCAUCGCAGACGUGGUGUCCGCUGGAGCACUAGGAACCUUUGCCCUGGUAUGCGCCUCGCUGAUCCUGCUUCGCUGCCCAUGCACUUGGGACUCAGGUUCAUCGCAAAGGGAUGAGUCAGGGAACACGGAAGAAGAUGACAACAACUGCGAAGUCGUGAAGGCACACGCGCAUGCUCCCAAGUCUGUGGUUCUAGGCUUGGUCAGCUUCGUGAUUUUUACAUUUAUCUUGGGUAUCCUCGUGAAACUGCCUCUGGAUGAAAAUGCAUGGUUUGGUAAAGUGCUCAUUGGUGGCCUUGGUGUCGGCAUCGCGAUCGCAGCUUGCAUAGUGGCCGCACCCUUUGUGCGUCGUGAUGCAGGAGCACAUGUUCGCGCAGAGACGAUUCAACGUACUGCGCAGUUCCGGAUGCCGCUGAUGCCGGUGUUUCCUCUGUUGGGCAUUUUUAUGAAUGUCUUGCUGGCUUCACAGAUGAGCUUGCUCACGCUGAUUGAAGUCGGAGUUGUUCAGGCCAUGGGAGCUGGCUUCUACUUCUACUACUCUGCGCCUCGAAGUCACCUCAAUCGUCAGAGAAAGAAGACCUGGACACCCGUGUUCGAUGGUGCAGUUCCUCCAGAGCAAGUCAACCAGUCCUGA